AUGCAGGCAUCAGACCCUAUACCACCGCAACUGGGUGUCCCUUUUGCAACGAGCUAUGCUGCAUUGACUGUCGCCGCUGUGACGCUGCUCGCUGCUCUACUGGUUCACGAACUCUCUGCGUACUCAAAGCGGCGAUCUAUGCCGCCAGGGCCGUUCCGCUGGCCGCUGAUAGGAAACGCCCUUCAGAUGCCGCAAAUCCAUCCAUGGCUCACGUUCUCACGCUGGGCGCGUGUGUACGGCGACAUAUUUUACCUCGACGCUCUCGGUCAGCAUAUAGUCGUGAUCAAUAGCGCUACGGUUGCGCGGGAACUGCUCGACAGGCGAUCGUCCAUCUAUUCCGGGAGACCGCAUCUCACCAUGGUGGGAGACCUCGCAGGGUAUGACAGGAUGAUCGUCAUGCAACCAUACGGCGAUGAAUUGCGGCAACAGCGACGGCUUAUAUCGCAGACCCUCAGCACCUCCACUAUUGGGCAAUACUACGACAUUCAGGAAGCAGCAGCUCGCCGACUCGUACUCGGGGUCAUCGAUGAUCCUAGCUCUCUCGAGGGCCAGAUUAAAAUGAACAUAGCGAGCAUAAUCAUGCUCGUGACGUACGGCUACACUGUCAAGGGCACGGAAGACGUGUUCUUUGGGAGGGCGAUCGAGAUCAUGGACAACCUUACCCUGGCAGCAAGGCCUGGAGUAUGGUUGGCGGAUAUGAUUCCUCAGCGCAAGUGA